CAUUACGGUCGUUACGUAUCAACAUGCGUCCGCCGUCACAGCAGCAGCAGCAGCAGCAGAAACGGUAACAACCGUGUUGUUUUUUGAUGGAGAUCACGGAUUAGAUUCGUCGUUUUAUUCGCGCUGGUGAGGCCCGUGGUGAAAAAAUCUGGGGCAGUUGUGCCGCAAACCAGCAGAAAUGAUGCAAGUGGUCGUUGCAUUUCCAGCCUAGCAGGCUGCAGCGUUAGCAUGUGGCUAAUGUUAGCUGGUACGCUCGGACAGAAAUAGCCCAGCCUCGCUCCUCCGGUGUUCGGACCUUGCUUUGUGUACACCAGUUUGGUCAGGUUUUGCAGUUUCUCUGGAAUGCAUCUAUCCAAGAAAUGUUCCGUCUUCAAAGUGGUGCUGAGUGCUCUGCUGAUCGUGGCGCUCCUGCAGCUCAUAUACCUGUCCUUCUUAUCCAAGUUCUACGGUAAGCAGCAGCGGUACCUGUACUCUCAGCUCUUUGGAGGCUCCGGGGGCAAGAAGAAUGGGCACCCCGAGAAGAACUCUCGGAAGGAGCGUCUGAGGUACUCGCUGUCUACCGGUGGGAUCUUCGACAACAGCGGGCAGUACCGGGUGUACAAGAACUUGAUCAAAAGUGAUUUCACCACGAACCACAAACCGGGAUCCGACCCCGGCUCCAGCGUCCUGGCUUUAGCCACACACACGACCAUCAACAACCUGCAUCACCUGGAAUCCCUCCUGGAGAGGUGGCACAACCCGAUCUCUGUGGCCAUAUUUGCGCACGGGCAAGAUGUCAAGUUUGCCACAGCUCUGGUCUACGCACUCAACUUCUUCUGCCCUCAGAUCCAAUCCCUGGUGGACUUUCACCUGGUCUGCCUGUCCGGGGAGAUGGCCAGUUUCCCUGACCAGGACCGGGAGCACUUUGCAGGUCUUGAUGACUGCGCCUCGGUGUUCUCCAGACUGGAGACCCACCGGGACAAAGACAAGAACUAUGCCAUCAGUGGGAACGUCUCCUACCCCAACAACCUUCUGCGCAACGUCGCCCGGGGUGGCACCGAGUCCUCCUACAUCCUGGUCAUCGACAUCGACAUGAUGCCGAGCGUGGACCUGCACCAGCAGUUCAUGGCCUUGGUCUUUACGCGCGAGUCGACGGGCGCCGAGGUGUUCGUGCUGCCCGCCUUCGAGAUCCGCCACGCCCGGAAGAUGCCCGCCAACAAGGCCGAGUUGGUCCAGCUCUACCAGGUCGGUGAGGUCCGGCCGUUCUACGAGGAGCUGUGUCCCCGCUGUCAGGCCCCCACCAACUACUCGCAGUGGGUCAACAGCCACGUCAGAGAGACGGGCACCAUGGAAGUCGCCCACACGCUCACCUGGACGGACCCCUGGGAGCCUUUCUACAUCGGGCCCCACACUGUGCCCCUCUAUGACGAGAGCUUCAAGCAAUAUGGCUUCAAUCGUAUCAGCCAGGCCUGCGAGCUCCACGUGGCCGGAUACAGGUUCUCGGUGCUGAGCUCGGCGUUCGUGGUGCACCGGGGCUUCAAGAUCCAGGGGGAGUUCCACGCCAGGAAGGACGAGGAGAACAAACGCAACCGCGUUCUGUUCCGCAGCUUCAAAGAGGGCCUGAAAACCAAAUACCCAUCCUCCAACCGACGGUGCUGAAACGUGACGAGGACCACACGAUGAAAAUGACGGUGUUUCUGAUUUUAACCAGAUUUAGCUUCACGCCCACACUUUUCUUUGAUUUCUCGUGAUGACGGCACAGUGGGAGUUUAAUCCAAUCCGACGUCUCGGGGUUUAUUUGAAGUCGCUCUGAAAGUGAGCAGCAGGGAAAGGUUCUCUGGAGGUUUCAGAGAGCGUCCUGCUGGUUGGGACUGAAAGUAAAAAAGGAUUGGAAGUCUGGCUCGCGGCUUUUUUUUUUUUUUAAUCUAAUGCAAAUCCGAAAAUCUAGAUGCCAUUUGAUCGACAUUAAUGUUAAAGCAUAUGAGGUACUUUUUCUUGAGCCGGUCCAGAUACAAAAAUAUACCCUGUGAGACACCGAGUCUCUACAUAUUCACACCCUGAGAGUUCACCAACAUGAAGUUAGACGCUCAACGUUUCAUUGACAGCCGAUCAAAGACAGAAAUCACAUUCAGUCGUCCCUUUUUGUUGUCCGAUGUAACGUCAAGUUAUAGUUUAUAUCCUAAAGAUAGAAGUGCGUGAUGCGAAUGUGGUUUAAAAUGACUGAGAUAUGAGAAUGAACAGCCUUCUGACUGGUUCAUUCAAAUGAAGGCACAAUCAUGAAACUGGAAAAAUAUGUAAUUCUCCCUUUUGGUUCCUGAGUUAGUUUUUUUGUUGCUUAUAUCACUUUAUUUCUUUUGAACGUCGUGCCAAUCAAUGAUGCGGUCCUACCACCAGGUGGCAACAAGCACUUGAGUGUUGGCAGCAGUGUUGCACCAU